GGGAGCGCGCGCGGCGCCGGCAGCCUUGCUCUGUCCGGACGCCGCCCGCGUCCCCGCCGAGGGUGCUGCUCCCGCCGGCGUCGAGGGCGUGGCGGCCAAACUGCGAGCGUCUGGCGCUGCUCUGGACUCCGCCUCGGGCCCAGCCGCCUCGGAGUCCGGCUCCGGGUACCCCUGUCUGGCCGCCGGGCCGCUCCGCUCCCUCGAGCUUCCGUCCUGCGGGGCAGGGCGCGCAGGAUAAUGUUAAGGGACACUAUGAAAUCUUGGAAUGACAGCCAAUCAGAUCUCUGUAGCAGUGACCAAGAAGAGGAAGAAGAGAUGAUUUUUGGUGAAAAUGAAGAUGAUUUAGAAGAGAUGAUGGAUUUAAGUGAUCUGCCUACCUCACUUUUUGCUUGCAGUGUCCAUGAAGCAGUGUUCGAGGUGCAGGAGCAGAAGGAAAGGUUUGAAGCACUUUUUACCAUCUACGAUGACCAAGUUACCUUUCAGUUGUUUAAAAGCUUUCGGAGAGUCAGAAUAAAUUUCAGCAAACCAGAAGCCGCAGCGAGAGCACGAAUAGAACUCCACGAGACAGACUUCAAUGGGAAGAAGCUGAAGCUGUAUUUUGCACAGGUGCAGAUGUCCAGUGAGGCUCGGGAUAAAUCCUAUCUCCUGCCUCCCCAGCCUGUCAAACAGUUCCUCAUCUCCCCUCCAGCCUCGCCUCCCGUGGGCUGGAAGCAGAGUGAAGAUGCAACGCCUGUUAUAAAUUAUGACUUACUCUGUGCUGUUUCCAAAUUGGGACCAGGAGAGAAAUAUGAACUUCAUGCCGGAACUGAGUCGACACCUAGUGUGGUGGUGCAUGUCUGUGAAAGUGAAACUGAAGAGGAAGAAGAAACAAAAAACCCCAAGCAGAAAAUUACCCAGACACGGCGCCCUGCCCCUCCGACUGCAGCACUGAAUGAGGCCCAGACCUUUGACUGUGCGCUGUGAGGGGCGGGGCAGCUGCCCUUGAGGGUUUCAGCCAUGGCAGUCAGCGUCCCUGCUGCUGACACAUCACGCUCCUGGUAGCGUGGGUGAGACUGGGAGUGAGCGCAGCUCAGGGUCCUUUCACCACACCUGUGCUGCAGACCUGGCGGUAGAGAGUAGCAGGCACAUUUUACCAUUCAAAAAUUUAAGUCCUAUUCUGAUGGCACUUUAAAUUAAUGGUUCAGCCCCCUAAGAUGUGGCAACUCUCAACCAUUUUCAAACAGUAGCAGAUUAGGAAAAUGGCUUCCCUUCCCCUGAGCAAUGUUAGUUCCUCUGAUUCUGCAAAGCAUGGGAUACCUGAAACUGGAACUGCAGUCACCCAGCACCGUACCCUUGUCAUGAACUUAAAAGUAAUCUUGCAAUUUUAAUAAUCCGGUGUAGGUGUUUUGUACUGGUGUAAUAGCUUCUAACUAGUAUAUUGAUCCAAGGUGUUUAUUCAGUAUACAUGAAAUAUUUGCACAAAAAGAAAUCUAAAAUACAGAAUAAUUCAUAGAAAUCAUUUUUCUCAAGUGUUUCAUUAGCUUUGGGGAAGAAAUGCCAAACCCACUUCGAUGACCACAGUCAGGUGGCACAGAUCUGUGUGCAUGCUGUUCUCUUCCCUGUCACUCUUACUGGGAAGGUGGCGAGCAGGCCACUGUUCCUAUUGCAGCGUCCCCCCAGGCAUAGUCUGCCCAGGAAGGGCUGCUGCUUUGGAGGUGGGCCCUGUCACCAGUAGGCCUGACAGUGAUUUCAGAGGGCUGCUGCACUCUGCCGUUUGUGACCAUGUACUGGCCUGGGACACCAAACUGUCUUCACUUGCCAGUUUUUAGCCUGCUUUUCUUUUUGAAUAUGUGUCAACCACUUAUUCUUGAGUUUUUCUGUGGUCUGCAUAUGUUUGUAUAUGUCAUUCAUAGACUUUAAAUUAGAAAAGGUCAUGAUCUUCUACCAGGACAUCUUCUGAAGAGCAUUUUUAAAUCGUCCGUUUAGACAUUUUCCAGCUGGCUUUGAAAGAAAAGUCACACAUACUAUUUUUCUAUGAAUUAGGGAAUGAGGGGAGAAACCUGUCUAGUCAUACUUUUCUUUUUGAUGAAAUUUUUUACCUUGGCUUUACAGUUUGUAUUUUUCCCAAAACAGAACUAUUUCUCACGUGUGUUUCAGAAUGUGUAUUUGAACCUCCUGAAGCAGCAGCAGCAGCAGCGGCACUGGCGGUGUCUUUUUAACUCUGUGGUCUUUGUGGUCUCUUCAGACUUUGAAGUCCCUCUUACAGAAGCGUCUCCCCUGGGAAUGCUUUGCCUCCGGUGGGUCUGUGCUGGUCUCUCCUCGCUGUGCUGUUCCCUUGUGUGGCCACUGUCUGCAGCACCCUGGCCAGUUUGCGAAGGAGUCGAAAACAUAAGAAAGAACUGAUGAACCCCUGCGGCUGCCACCAUAAAGCAAGAAAACACGGACAUUCAAGCCAUGUUAUCUGUACAUUUUUGGUAACAGGUUACUGUGAUUUAGUUCUUAUGGUGAAAUUUAUUUCUGAGCCCUUGAAAUAUAUCGUGCAAAAAAAAAAGUUUUUCUCCAUUUUUCUUGGUCUCAAUAACUCAAGGUGACAGACCCUUCCAUUUGUAUCUUUGUGUCACUGCUAAGCCUCAUGUAAACUCAGUUGAAAUUUGCAGUUCAAUCAGUGAUCAAUUUAUUGACUUUAUACCAUCAUUUGUCACUUUGACAGCCACUUAAUAAAUGUACUUUGCAGUCUGAAGUCAGUAUUUUACCUGUUUUUCUUUUUUUUUAAGCCAAAUUUUAUUUGAAUUUUAAAACAAUGCUUAGGAAACUUCAAAGUUCCAAAGGCACAAAGAUAAUGAAGUUCAAUGUCCAGUUACAGCCAGGUGCUGGCUGUUUUACCUGUUUUUGUUUGGAGGGGAGACCCUAAAUUUCAGGAAGCAUAAGUAUCAUCAACAGUUGGGAAUUUUUUGAAUUUCCCUUUAGGUAAUAUUUAUCCAGCAUAAUUUUCUGAGUGAUCAGAACCCACAAUAUUUUGUUAUCUGACUUGGCUUUUGUUCUCUACCUGCCAAUUAAAGGAUAUCCCAUCCCUAACAGGUAAAGCACUUUUUUUUUUAAAGUUAAGCAGUACAGGCACAGUGCCUGUGGCUCAAAGGAGUAGGCGCCGGCCCCAUGUGCUGGAGGUGGCGGGUUCAAACCCAGCCCUGGCCAAAAACUGCAAAAAAAAAAAAAAGUAAAGCAGUGCAAAUUAUUCAAAUUAAUCAAUGUUUUCCUAUUUUUUUGAGAGCAUUGAAUAAAUUGAUGAAAAUUGUGUUUUGUGAUAGGAAAAAAUAUUUGCAAAGGAUAAGAAAAGCGUAACAGCAGGGAUAGUCGACUGAACCUGCAGUGCAUUGGAUCUUAUGUUGUAGAUUUUUUUUUCAACAUACACACUUGAUGAAACCCCAAGAUAAAUCCAUUUUAAAAGGGUCCUAGUGAGCAUCUGCUGGGUUUAAGGUGCUCAGAGGCAGAAAUGGGUAAGGCCACUUUCCUUACCUCUCCCUUGGAGAACUGAAUCGGGUGGACAGCAAACUAGUGUUUUCACAUUCUACUUCUUCAAAACUGUAUACGUGAAUACCUACCCAAAAUUAAGAGCCAAAUCAAAGUUCUGAGGAACUUUCAAGUUCAAUGCAAAAGUUUAAAUAGAACAUGGUGGUCAUUUAUGAGAUGUUUGAACUGAAGAGGUACCAGGAGAUGAAGGUGAGGUGCAGUGCUUUCAUUCUUUAAGAAUACAGUCUAUCGUGUGCUAGUUACAUUAAUUCUGUCUUUGAAAACGUGAAAAGAUUUGGUUUUCUUAGAAGCUCAGUUACAGGGCUGAAGGUGACUGUGGAGAUCAUAAAGUCCAAACAUAGAUUAGAAAACUAAGGUUGUGGGAUUGAUUUCGGAGCCCCCAGAAAGGCAGCCCAGACAGCGGAAUUGGCGUUCCCAACUCCUGGCUGGUGCUGCUCCUACUUUUUCUUGCAUUGUACUCUUAAAGAGGCAGUGAAUACUAAUCCCUGCCAAAGGGGGGAAAAGGUGGGGGGAGUGUUCUUUUUCUCCUGAUGGGAUACAAUAAAUAAGAAAGAAAUGUCUUACUUUGAUACGGACAGUAACUUGAUAAUUUUAAUGAAUUUGAUGUUCCAUGUUGUGUGAUUUUGUAAUUAUUGAACCACUGAGGGUGGAAUCUGCCUAAAUAAUUUUAUCUUGGUAGCCAGCAAUUAUGUUGGCAUUUUUUGUGGUUUUUCCCAGAUCUUCAUGUUAAUGAAAUUAAAACACUAAUCGUUUUACUUAAGCUAUAACUCUAAUGAAGUAGAAUAAGAUCUAGUCUGAUUUGAAAAUAAAAGUCCACAGUGGAGUGACAGUACUGGUAAAAUUGAGUUCUGUUCAAGAUUGAAGACUGUUUCAUAUUUUUAUAUGAACUCUUUUACACACCAUAGAUUUAUUUUAAAAAGGAAAAUUUCAAACACAAUUAAGCAGUGGAAGAUGGACUACAUUGUGUGGUGCGUCAGGUUCACCGUCCACUGGAGUUGUAGACCUCAUUCCUGCCGUACCAGUGAACUUGGCCAUCUUUCCUUCUUCCUCUCCAUGUGCUCCUUUUGUGCAUAUUUGCAUUUAUAUCUUCCUGUAGUAAAGAAAAAAAUUCCUUACACUUGUGUGACACUAUAAAAGAACAAAAGACUUGGGGAAAUAGUUGCCUCCAACAGGGGCAUUAUCCAUUAUAGAAACUCACGGUUUAAAAGUUAAAUAAAUGUAAAGAGUAAGACUUAUCAACGCUGUCCAACAAUUCAAUAAAUACUCAUUUGUUUUUUUAAACUCCCCUUGGAGUGUGGGGGCCACCAAAACAUCUAUCAGAAUGCUAUUGUUUUCGUUAUUCAUGAAAACACUCCCCUCAGCCUCCCAAGUGCUGGGAUUUGGAAAGUGUUACUACCAAACGUACAAGCAACAAGGCAACAACAGCUACUAGGUUCACUGACCAAGAAGAUGAUAAAAUUGUCAUGUUCAAAGUAGAGUUCUAGCCAAGGUUAAGAACUAACGUUGGGUUGAGUCAAAGUGUCUCUUACUCUUUUAAAUAAAAGCUGAAAGACCUUUUAGUAAGACACGUCUGUCUUGUAAACCUAUUUCCUUUUGAAAUAGAAUCAUGUCCUGCAAACUGUUGGAACUCCUGCUUAGCUUUGACGGUCGUUCUUGUCAUAAUGGAAGAGCCAGACCUAUGCAGCUAUCAUAAUACAUGUUUUUCCGUAUUGUCUUCUGUUUAGUCCUCAGUCUUCCCAACUCAAAUUGGGGACUGAGGAGAAAGGAAGGUGACUACUAUUGCUGUGCCAUAUUCUUCUUGCUGCUUUUCAACCCAAAGCGAGUAUUGAUUGACUGUAUUGAUUGACGUUUCUGCUAUCUUGUGAAUGGCAGAAACCCUCCAAGUGUGAGAAAACUUUCACACUCACUUUCAUCUUUAUUGACCCCAGGAGUUGAAUUUACUGUCUUACCUGAAUGUGUUUGUGAUCUUGUGUUAUACUUGGGGGCCUGCUGCUUUUCUGGUACUAUAAGCUGUAGUGACUACUCCGUGUACUUCCCAAAUUGAUCAGUAAUUUACGUACACGUGUUCCAUGUUUUAGUGUGCCUGAAGUGACAACCCGUAGUCUGUAGUAGUUGUUAUUUCUCAACUUGGACUCUGCGGUGUUUUGAGAACAUUUAAACAUUCCUUGUCCCUUUGAAGUAACAAAAGCAGAAUGUACUUCUUUUGAAAGCUUCGUGAUUAAUUGUAACAAGUUUUGUUUUUAAAACUAAUAAAAAUAAAAUUAGUGUUU